AUGAAAGCUCUUCUUUUCGUCGUUUGUGUUGCAUCUGCUUUGGCAUCACAUGCUUAUAUAUACCCAUUCAAUAGCAACAAUGUAAAUGAAUUAGAAGGCCUGAAUCAAAAACAAAUUGCUUAAUUGAUAAAAUACAAUAUUGGAUUAGUCGAACACAUUUCUGCUGACUAGCAAAAGGUCUUUGAAUAAUUGAUAAAAACAUUUGGCAAAGGCAAUAUCUUAUCACCAACCGACAUGAACUAUUUGAUUCUCAUUGAGAGCGAGAAAUUGUAUUAAGGAUAAGAAUUAAAAUAACAGAGAAUAACCGAGGGAUUCUCUUAGAGCUUUAAAGUAAUGGACAAAGAUCCAAAAUCCCUUUUGGAAUCACUUUUUGGUUAACAAGAUGAUUCAUUAAUUAAGAAAGCCUAAAAAAUGUACAACCAAAAUAACUUGGGAUUCAAAAUCUAUCAAAAUGAGGACAACUUGGAUAUUAAUUAUUUAUAAUGGACAAUCACUCUUUAUUUAGGCAAAAAUAAUGAAGUUUAUUUCUAUGAACCAAACAAAGAUAAAUCAUAUAAAGUAGAUUCAAGUUUAGAAAAAUGUGUUGACAAUUUCUUCGGAACAACCUUUGAUUAUGCACCUAAUGAGAAGAAAAUUUAUAAAUACAACACAAAUGAAAUGAUCGAAAUUACUUAAGACAAUGAAGAAUAAAUCAUUGGGUUCUUAAAAGAUGUGUGUGCUAUGAAUAAACUAUCUACACUCUUUAAAAAAUCUAAUUAACCCAACAUGUUAUCAAUUAUAAAUAAAUCUAUUGCAAAACUAGAAAAACUCAUGAAAGAAUCAGAAAUAGAGAUGGUCUAUGAUAUGAUGAGAAUUGCCCAUAAAAAACUCUCUAAAAACUUAAGAAAUACUUUUGAAAACGAAGAAUUAUUCGGUCUCAUUUUAGUUGAAGAAGAAAAGAAUCCUCAAUUGACAACAACUAAGGAAUCAGCAAAAGUUUAAAGAAUUUUAAUGGAGACAAGAACAAGAAUGUUAAAUUAAGUUACUUAAACUAAUUCUUCUGGAUACGUCAUGAAUGCAACCACUUAUCAAAUUUAUGUUUGGUUUGGAGUUUUCUUUGUUAUAGUCUUGAUUGGUAUAAUAUAUGCUAUGGUCACCAUGGAUAUUUAAAAGGAUACUUUAUUGUAUGCAAAAUUCUUAACAACAGAUUAAAGAGCAUGAUCAGUAUAUGUAAUUAUACCAAACAUAUUAAUUUUUAAAUUAAACAUUUAAA